GUUCGUGUCAAGUUCGCCGCUGACGUCUGGGCGGCCGCAGCCACGUUGUUCGAGGUGUGCUGCCCCAGAAAAGCUUCGCUUUUCUCAGUCCCGCCGGGGACGUUCGUGCGGGAGACCGAGGAGCAGACAGCAAAGGCCAUUCGGGAGAUGGCCACUGCGAGGAGCUUCAAGCUGAUGCCGUACGACCAGACAAUGCAGGACAUCCUGGAGAAGACGUUCGUGCCGGCAGAGAAGCGACUCUCGUUGCCGGGCUUGCUUCGCAUCCUGGACAAAGAGCGGUCGGCCUCGCGGUCCAUCGGCAGGCCCGCCUUCGGCGACUGA